UCUACUCCUUCUAUCCCUCUUAUAUAUCAAUCUCCUCUUUCUAUACCAUUUCAAACAAAGAGCUCGCUGUUAACUCCUACUUUUUCGUUCUCCAUUUCUAUUCAAAUCCAAAGAGCUAGCUUAGCUCUCAACAUUUUCCCUUUGCUUCUCCCAACAACUCGAUCAUAUCCUGAUCGAGCCCUUCAAAUGUGAAAAGAUUUCCCCAUAAUAAUCAUGAAAAUGAGCUGCUCAUUCUUUUCCUCCUCCCAGCUUCUUGUUGUUCUGCCUCUUUUGCUAGUUUUCUCUGCAACUCUUGCUUUCGGAGCUACUCGGUUACCAGAAGAUGAAGUUGAAGCUUUAAAGGACGUAGCAAAGAGUCUGCGGAAGACGAACUGGAAUUUCAGUGAGGAUAUCGAUCCCUGUGGCAGCGCUUAUGGGUGGGCUAAUCUGAAUCCGGUGGAAGGAUUUGAAGAUGCCGUCACCUGCAACUGCUCCUCGGUUCCCAAUUCUACUGUCUGCCACGUCACAAGCAUGUAUGCAUCACUUACUCUUAGACAACUAUAUAUAUACAUACGUUUUGCAGGGACGGAACCAGUAAUCGAAAGUGGGUUGGGCUAAUUUUCACACAACACACUUACAAAAUAUAGAACUGUUACAUUAGCUAACUGGCGCUAGAUUCUUUAAGCAAAUUGGAAAAUGGCGUAUAUGCACGAAAACAUUCAUAAGAAAGUAAUCUAAGUAUCUAACAAUAAACAAUACCCGCCUAGAUUCCUCCGUUAACGAAUGUACUUGAUUCUGCUCUCACCUCUGCUACUUCCACAACCCCUUUCCCUGUGAAACAAAUAAUAAUAAAGCUUAAUUAAUAGACAAAAACAGUAGCGAAGAUCAUAGCUUUUCCAAUGCUCCACUUCAUGUCCAGCAUAACACAAACAAAAUUCACAAAAAUUGUUCCUAAGAUCAUUCCAAUGUUCAUCUAAUUAGCAACCACAUGCAGAUCAUAAACAAUAAAU